GGAGAAGGUGGUGGAGGGGCAGAAGGUGGUGGAGGAGAAGGUGGUGGUGGACACAGUACAAUGAAAAGCGAGAAGAAACUGACGCGGAAAUGGCAGCAGCUGCCGGGGAGGAACACCUUCUGCUGCGAUGGACGGAUCAUGAUGGCCAGACAGAGGGGAGUGUUCUACCUGACGGUCUUCCUGAUCGUGGGAACCAGCGGCUUGUUCUUCGGCUUUGAGUGUCCGUACUUGGCGAUCCAUCUCUCGCCCGUAAUCCCAGUCUUCGCUAUCGUCCUCUUCCUCUUUGUGAUGGGCAUGCUGCUGCGAACCAGCUUCAGUGACCCCGGUGUCCUCCCGCGAGCCGAAGCAGACGAGGCUGCCUUCGUAGAGAUGGAAAUAGAGGCAGCCAAUGGGAAUGUGCCAGCAGGCCAGAGGCCACCGCCGCGAAUCAAAGACAUUCAGAUCAACAAUCAGAUCAUCAAACUGAAAUACUGCUACACGUGCAAGAUAUUUCGUCCACCCCGGGCAUCCCACUGUAGCGUCUGCGAUAACUGUGUUGAACGCUUUGACCAUCACUGCCCGUGGGUUGGAAACUGUGUGGGGAAGAGAAAUUACCGAUUCUUUUACCUCUUCACUUUGUCACUGUCCUUCCUCACCGUCUACAUCUUUGCUUUUGAUAUUGUCCACGUGGCACUGAGGUCGGUGGACAAUGGCUUUUUGAGCACACUGAAAGACACUCCUGGAACGGUGCUGGAGGUGGUGAUCUGUUUCUUCACGCUAUGGUCUGUUAUUGGUCUCUCUGGAUUUCACACCUAUCUCAUUGCCCUCAACCAGACCACCAAUGAAGAUAUUAAAGGUUCCUGGUCAGGGAAGAACGGAAUUCAUAACCCUUACAGCCAUGGGGCUGUAAUCAAAAACUGCUGUGAGAUCCUCUGUGGGCCAGUGCCCCCAAGUGUUCUUGACAGAAGAGGGCUCAUUCUGGUCGAUGCUGGUGUGUCGGUUACAGGCAACCGCAGUACAAAGACAGCGAUGCAAUCUACGGCAAGUAGACCUUCACUGAUAGCCAGCGAGCAGGCGUCAGUCAAGCCAAACACCCUGGUGCCCGGCCAAACCGAACCGGAUGCAAAAGAGACACUUGGUGUGGACAAGCCACCACCACAAUCCCCACCACCGCAGGAGCUGAAGGUGAAGCCUGGUUCAGGGGUCCUCCGGAGGGAAUCGAGCACAACAGAAGCUUUGCACCAAGCGCCUGCCUUUUAGCCAGCUUCACUUGUGGACUAAGUGAGAACGAAACGGGAGGACGCAGUUUGUAGAACGAGGUGGGGAGAGCCUACGUUCCACAGAAAUGAAGGGGCGAACCUCGUCGGAUCCCGUGAUUUCCAACCAAUUCAGUAUUGUACAAUUUAUAUGAAGGAGUCUUCUUUUAUUUUGGU